AUGGGGAAGCCCAAGGCAAGGUCCAGCACCACCGGAGCCUGCAAGGGAAAAACAACAGGGCGCCCGGCACGAGGCCGAUCAAAGGAAGAUAGUGCAGCAUCUCCGUCGCCGCCGCCACCACUGCAGAGCGUUCAGCGGGCAACAUCCCACCAACCUCCAAGCCUUGCCGCGCCAAACACACGUGGAGCUGGUCCAGUACGUACGACAGAAGCGUCAAACACGUCCCCACGUGCACAACGCGUUGCUCGACGAGGGGAGGUAGUGCGCCUGCAGGAGCUGCACCAAGGGGAGCAGGCAGGACAGGAGGGAUUGGAGGCACAGGAGGAGCCGGCGGCUGAUGCUGUUGAGGCUGGGAUAGAGGAAACCGAUUUACGGGGGGAUGUCGCUGCUGCGGUGCCAGAUUUGACGCGGGGGGGGGAGCAGGGUGUUGUGGCAGAGGCGGAUUCGACGGGGAUGGGGCGGGAGGCGCAUUCGCCUGCUGCUGCUGUGCUUGCAGCCGCCUCUAGCGGCGACUCAAUCGCGCCCGCCGCGGCGCAGACUACGGGGCCGACGGCACCACCAGCGGACAGGGUUGCGGCUGUGGAGGAGGCGCAGGUGGAGCAGGGGUCGGCUGAUUCGCUGGCGCCACUGGUAGCGGUGUCCCCGUCACCUCUUGGGGAGUUGGAGAUUGCGGCAGUUGUAGCUGAGGUAGCGAGGCAACCAGUACAACCCCUGAACGAACCGUCUGCGCCGACUGCCGCUGAGUCCGCCGGAAUGUCUGCUGCUGCCGCGGCCGUAAACAUGCGGGGGCGCGGCCAGGCGCCGGAUGGAACUGGGGGUCUCGUGACCGGCGCCGCUUCUGGCGCCGCACCGAAGAGGAGUAAGGUGAAGCUGCGCGCCCAGCCAGCGCCGAGGCGGCCCGGAGCAGGGCUGGGACCUGGGGCCCCGGGAUCCCUCCUGGGCUGGCUUCGGCAAGGGCAGUCGCCACUAGAGCAAGCGCGUUUGUCGUCAUCCGCACCACAGCCUGCAAUGGGACCCGGCGGGAGGGGCAACAUGGAGGUGGCUGACCGUGCGCAUCGGGGAACCGAGCAGCCAAGCAGGAUGCAGCAACCAAUGGAAGGAUCACCCAUGACCCAGCAAGCAACUCACCGGGAAACACGGAGCUCGACAAGAGGCCGGGGAAUUGUGUGGGGCAGGCCGUCGGGGGCAGGACGAGCGACAAUGGCGACCCCCUGGGUGCCGGCUGGUUGGGGUUUAAGGUCUGCGCAGGAGAGCGCGGGAGGCGGUGGCGCAGGUGUAACCUCCGCGAUCCCACGUGGAGGCAGAGGGGGAAGAGGAGGGGCAUGCGGGAGGGGAGUUCCACUCCUGGAUGGCGAGGCUGCAAUCGUGAGAUCAGGCACAUGGCGUGACCGCCAGGACCGUCUGGAGCGUGUACCUACGCCUGGGAAUGAGGGCGAGGAAGUUUCUAGAAACUCCCAAAACGGGAGCAAAUUUAUCCCCUCGCACUCAGAGGCAUCGGAGGAGGAGGUCACCCUGGGCGACGAUGAGAACCAGCAUCUGUUGGCGCAGAGGCAAGUGAGGAGGACGGAGCAGGGUGGCAUACCACAACCACCCGACGUGCCAGCAGGACAGGCCCCAGCUGUGCCACCACAGCCAUCCGAGAAAUCGCCAGCUGACUUGGCCAAGGAUGAGUCUAUCUGGCGCAUGGCCAGCACUUGGGAUAUCGCGCCACUCCAGCGUGCGGAUCAACCGUUCCUGGUGCUUGGCAGCCCCAUCGGCACUCCGGAGUACUGCACUGCUGAGAUCCGGCAGGCGCUCGCCAAAGCAUCGGCGCCUAUCUCCCUUAUCGCGCAGCUGCACCCACAACACGCCCUGCUACUCCUCUCCCGCAGCAUCUCCCGCAGGAUCUCCUACCUGCUUCGCACCACACCAAGCACCACGCUGGACCGGGAGGAGUGGAGAGGGUGGAGCGAGUCCUUGUUAGGGGCGGCGCUCACUGCUGCCAAGCUACGGAUCCCGGCCAAUGAGCUGGAACAGAGCCUCUUGUGGCGACAAGCGACCCUGCCCGUGCGCCUCGGGGGACUGAGCAUCAUUGAUCCCGUUUCUGAGGCACCGGCGGCGUAUAUUGCAUCUCUGACAGCAACGCACCACCUGCUACAGCAGAUGAACUUGUGGGAGCAGGAGCUGUUGGCACGGGCCGAGAUACUGCUGUCCAGAGAAUGGGUCCCCCCGCCCCCAGCGUCAAACUAUCUGGUGUUACUAGAGGAGGGGCUGCCGACAGAGGCACGGACAGUGCUUGAUGAUGACCUUGCAGGAGUGUAA